GUGGAGGCCAGCAUGAAGGGACGCUGGUACUGUGGCCUCAGCCCUAUGUCCUUUCAGGUGGAGAAGCCAGCUGGCUGACCACCACAUGAGCCAUUGUCUGGGCAGACAUGGGGCACUGCUGGGCUUUCUGGGGGCUCGUCUUGUGGCUGACGGCUUCCUACCUGGAUCUGACACACGAAUCGGCACCCCAGCAGGAAUGGGCACACACGGGACCACAGCACUGUAACUGCCUGUCCUUCCUACUUGGGGAGCAUGGCUGCCCUUCACGGACUCCCAACUGUUCCACCUGCCACCACACAGCUGGAGAAUGGAAGUGGAUUGAGGCAUAUUAUGAGAAGACCAUGGGGUACUUGAGGAGGACAAAGGCUCUCUGGUGGCUGGGCAUCAACUCAGUGAGCGAGUUUGGAAAAGCGUGGAAGAAGUCAUCAGGAGUGAUUUCUAGGCCCCUCCUGCACCAUUUUGAUUUCUACUGUGUGCCCUGUGCCAUGCUAGGGAACUCUGGCCUCAGCAAUACCAAACAGUUCUACAUGGCUUUCAGGAUGAGUCAGGCCUUUGCCCACAGCGCUGAGACAGAGACGAGGAGCCAAACCAUGGGACCCUUCACCUGUCCUAGGAAUGCCAGUCACCAGGGUUACCGGAGGCAGCAGUGGUUACUGCGGCUUGCUGAUCUGGUGUCCCGAGUGCCAAGAGAAUGGAAGCUACUCUCUCCCAGGUCUAGCAACACCCUGGCACGAGAUGAUGAGAGGGGACCAUGGGCGAGAGGACAGGACUUUGGCAGCUGA